GUACUAGCAGCUGUUGGGAUGCUCUGUGCUACAAAGCUGAGUCUUAGUACAGGUUAUAUUGCAUCUGUUGCCGUUUUGGGUGUCAGUAUUGCUGGAUCUCUAGUCUUCUAAUACAGAUCAGUUCCGUGUCAAAUUUCAAUGGACGGUGUGCAUAGAUAGAACACACCCUUACUGCUCCACCAGAAUGUAUUGUUGAAGAUCUACCAGUCCUUGGAAUGGGAAAAGGUGGGUCCACGUUAAAGAUCUCCAUCCCAGUUCAUGGCAUGCAAAUUCAGAAGAUCCUUUUGCUUUCUAGCUUUUGAAUGAGUAAGCUAUGUCAUGGCAUGCAAGCCAAAACUAGGAUUACUUCCAACAUUUUGCACAAAUGAUUUUCAUGGUUUUGUUGUCUCCGGUCCAGUCUUUAUCUGAAAUUGUUUUUGUUCCGGUUUUUUAUGCUUUAACUUUCCUGCUACUUCUCUCGAAAGAUUGGGGCGCUGAUGUGUCUUUAUGUCCAUAUUCAAAUGCUACCUUGUUAUCAUUCCUUAUGUUGGGAGCCAGCACCAUUUUAGCCAACCCUACUACCUAACUCCUGAAGAAACCUUUUCUGGUUAAUAGUUGGGAAAACUUCUGAUGUCCAUUUUUUAAUUUCUGUUUCGUUUUCUGAGUUGUUGCUUCAGGUACUUAGCAGAGGAGCUGCCUUUCUACAAUAACAGAAACUAUUUGGAGGAUUCCAACCUCCUCCGGGCUAAAGAAGCAACGGAUACUGUUCAACAUAAAGGUAUGGCUUAACGCUUGCCCUCUCAUAGCAAGAAUAUUACCGGAGAAAACAUGAUCUUUCUCAAUGAUUCUCCUACCCACCUGCUUCCUUGUUCAAUAGAGAAGUAUUAAAUUGAUUACCGUUAGUUGCGCAAGAGACAUGGAGAGAGAGAUGCAUCAUAGAUAUGUCCGAGUCCCAUAUGCUCACCGACAGUUCAAUUAUUAGGACAACAGCUUUUUAGCCAAUAGUCUGCUUGUUUAAAGAAUGUCGUAGUAAUAGACAAAUCCCAUUUUUAGGAUUGGAUGCAUCAUUUUGUUGGUGUUGGAGGUAAUCCACUGACAAAAGAAACUCGUGCCAGAGUGGCAGGGGAAUUUUUAUUAGUCAUUUUGAGGCACAACAAUGUCUCCCGUGCACAAGAAAUUGGACUUUUCAAUAACAUUUAAGGAGCAACAGAGCUAGAUGUAUGCCAUUUCCCCCCUAUUCGGAGGACCCGGCCCUGUCAACAGUAGGCUCUGUAAAUGUUCAAAAAACAUGGGCAUUUUGCCCUGGUGAGAGAUUUGGCAUGCUCUUAGUCGAAGGACAAGUAUGUCUCUCUCCAGUCUCCAAUUAUGAGACAGGCGGAGCUUAUGGAACUCCAAAUUAGACGGGUCGGGAAGGAUAUAGGAUUUGGAUGAUGAUCAUGGAAUUGGAAUGCAUCUGCCUAAUUACUGGAGAUUAUAUAAUUAUAUUGGAUAUCAAUAUUUUAGUGCAUAAUAAUAUUGAUUUAACAACUGCAGUUGCAGUUGCACAUGCUAUUAGUCGACGGGAUGUCACUUCUGUCCCCUUAAUGAUGAUCCUAUCAAAGUCAUAAAUAUAAAAAAACUAAUCAAAUCAGACUAGUUAUGGGCAAUAAGCUGAAGAGCCUAAACUAGACGACAAUAGAAAAAAGAAAGCUGAAAUAUUUCCAGAAUUUAUUAUAAUGGCAAAUUAAUCAUAACCUGUCCACUAGUAAUAUGAAUUAAUGCCUUCUAUUCCUAGAGAACAACUUAUUAUGGGUGGCGUACAAGUUAUGCUUUUCCACCCCCAACUUGACUUCAAGGAAAUUAUGGGGAGUAUGGUAGUCUUCCACGUCCAACAAGACCAAGUAUACACACUGCAUCACUCUUUAUUUUCCCCUUCAUUCGAAUUGGAAAAAAAGAAAUAUAUUGAUUGGUCCUUUUAUAUAAAUGGAUGUGUUUUAAUUUUUCCUUCCCUAUAUUGCCAUAUUAUUAUCGGAAAACACAUAUUCUGGACGGCAAUGCGAUAUUGAUUGUGGCUUUCGAGGAAGAAAGAAUGGUGAAAAGGCCGUCCCAAGUUCUCGGUCACAAGAUUAUGUGGCUGUGACGUGUAACAUGUUAAGGGAGCCCCUACUCAUAAGUAAGCUUGAUUAGAGGCAUGCUAACUGUGUCGAGAUCAAUGAAGGAAGUUUUACUGGAAAGUUCGAUAGCUUGGAUCUUAUUGGGCACUUAGGCGCUCAGCAGGGUCCAGCACCGAUGAUUGUCGAGCCGGGUCGCCUGGGAUGCAUUCGUGAAGUGACGGUUGUCGCACUUUCGAAAAGAGUCCCUCUCUCCCUCUCUGUGCAAAUGAGAGAGAAAUUUUCUUGUUUCAGUGAGAACUCCAUCAGCUUCUCACAGCCCUCCUCUUCCCAUCCUUCAUCCGUCCCUUCUACUUCUACAGCCUCAACGUCCCUCCUCCCUUCAAUACAAAAUACUGUCACCUCUGUCUACAGAAGCAAAUCUCCCUCCACUCAAAAGCCCCUCUUCAUCUCGCUCUCAUGGUUCCGGAGCCUCGUGCUGGGCCAGUCGAGCCUCACGAUCGGCUUUGCGCCUGACCCCGAUCCUGCCUCCCCAUCCUCCUUGUCCUUCAAGCUAAUCAGCUCCAGCUCCGGACUGUUCAAGAAGAACAAGGGCAGCAAGAGGAUCGAUCUCGAGAAGUCCCGCGUAGAGGUCUUCUGGGACUUCGCAAAUGCGAGAUUUGAUCGCGGGCCUGAGCCGCUCAAUGGGUUCUACAUCCUUGUGGUCGUCGGCUCGCAGUUGGGCCUCUUCCUGGGAGACAUGGCCGAGGAAGCUGUGGAGAAGAAGUUCAAAAGUAGUAACCCAAUGACACCCAAGUUUGCUCUCGUCUCACGGCGAGAGCAUUGUUCGGGCAAUGGCCUUUACGGCACGAGGUGCCAGUUUGGCGUGGCCAGUUCAGAACAUGACAUUCUGAUUCGAAUCAGCGAAGGAGGCGAGGGACUGAACAGGGAUCCGAUCUUAUAUGUUUACAUCGACAAGAAGAAAGUGAUGAGGGUGAAGAGGCUGCAGUGGAACUUCCGAGGGAGCCAAACAAUAUUCGUGGACGGGACGGACUUGAUGAUCGAUAUGCUGUGGGACGUGCACGACUGGUUCUUCAACCAAGCAAGCGAGGGGCGUGGGGUCUUCAUGUUCACCACAAGGAGUGGAUUGUUAGAUGGGAAGUUCUGGGUGGAAGAUGGGGAUGAGAAGUUGGCGGAGAAGUUGGAGACAGAUCAUAAAGCUGAUGAUUUCUCUUUGUUCAUCUACGCCACCAAGCAUUCGUGAAAAAACUGACCUCUGCAGUUCGAUUUGAUUAUGCUCGUGCUUGGUGUGCUUACAAAAGGAACCAGGCUUUUGCAGAUCGGUGCAAUAUGAUUUUUUUACGGAAGAUUAAAGAAGGUGCGCGUGUAGUUUAACCGAUGGAAGUUACCGGUGUGUGAUCGUUCGAGGCAGUUAAACCGAUAAAUCUGACCAAGUCGCUGUAAUUUGACACACAUAAUACAGAAACAUAGGAGAUGUCGACAAUUAUUUAAUUUUCGUUUGUCGUUA